ACCCGGACAUGGCGACUUCCAGCCCCUGUGUUGUGAUCAGUGAUGAGGAGCAGGGGUAUGACCUGGACCUUUUCUGCAUACCAAAGCAUUAUGCCACUGACUUGGAGAGAGUCUACAUCCCACAUGGACUCAUCUUAGACAGGACAGAACGACUGGCCAGAGAGAUCAUGAAGGAAAUGGGGGGGCACCACAUUGUGGCCCUCUGUGUGCUUAAAGGGGGUUACAAGUUCUUUGCAGACCUGCUGGACUACAUCAAGGCCCUGAACAGGAACAGUGACCGCUCUAUCCCAAUGACAGUGGACUUCAUCCGUCUCAAGAGCUACUGUAACGACCAGUCGACAGGAGAAAUCAAAGUCAUCGGUGGAGAUGACCUCUCUACAUUAACCGGGAAGAACGUCUUGAUCGUGGAGGACAUCAUCGACACAGGGAAGACCAUGAAGACAUUACUGCAGCUGCUCAAACAGUACAAUCCCAAAAUGGUUAAAGUAGCAAGUUUGUUGGUUAAGAGAACACCAAGAAGUGUUGGCUAUCGACCGGACUUUGUAGGAUUCGAGGUCCCUGACAAAUUUGUGGUGGGAUACGCACUAGACUACAACGAGUACUUCAGAGAUCUAAAUCAUAUCUGCGUCAUAAGUGAAUCGGGGAAGGAGAAGUACAAGGCAUGAAGAGCAAUUUGUAACCAUUUAACUGUAUGAUUAUCUUUUCCUUUUGCGGUCCAUUUUGUAUCACUUCAUGUUUGUGUUAUAAAACCGGUGCGUAGGGUCCCUGAUGGAGCCCGUUUUAGCCCCCAAACACUUCAACAUGUUUGCCUUAGAUAGAACCCGUCUGUGUCACAUGAAGCCCAGUGUCACCUGAUUAUGUGCACGUUCACUUAUAAUUGUUUUUUUGCAAUGGAGUAAAUAAUUUAGAGCAAUGCUGCCAGCUUUAAUGAUAAGAUCACAGUUGUGCUCAAACCACUUUUGAAGAUCUAUUCAGAAACUAUUUUAAAUGUGAUUCUGCUUUGACUUUGAACGUAGAAAAAGGAAUUUUAUGAUGGGCACUCGUAAAGAAAAUGUUGUAUUUUCUGAAUUCUGCACGCAUGUAUUUUUGAACAAAAUGCUUUUCUAUUUUACUUUUGCUGUGUGAUGAGAUUUUCAUAUGGUAUGAUAAUUACAGAGGUCAGACAGAUGUUUGGUACUGUCCCUAAUUUAAAACAUGCUAAUACUGAAAGAUGAGAUAUACUGUGUUAUCAAAGCAUCCAUGCAUGUUAAGACUUAGUAUAACAUGAGACAGGGAUUUUUUAAAAUGCUGGAUGAUUGUAAACCGUAAAGUUUACAGAUGUGUAAACAUUUGGUUGAUUGUUAGACUGAACCUGUUCAAUCAUAUAUUUGAAAUACAAAGACUGUAUCAACCUGUUAUUUUAUCAGACAUAAUUGACCAUGCUUUUUUAAAUUAUUAUUAUUAUUAUUAUUAUUAUAUAUGCUUUAAUUUGUUGGCACAUUCACUGUAACCAGUGUAGACUGCAAUUUUUCAAUACUGGUCAUUAAAUGUUCACAACUGGA